GAACUAAGAAACUAUGGCACGUCAUUACUUGUUUCCUGCUGUGAAAUUACUCAAGCAGAAAUGUUUUCCAUCCCUCAGUGGAAUGAAGAGUUGUCAGAAUUUUUCCAGUAUGCAAGUCGACGAAACAGAAGGCGCUAACUUCAAACGUUUCGCCCAGCAUUGGUGGGACUAUGAUGGAGAUUUACAGCCAUUGCAUACUAUGAAUCGUUUGCGUGUACCAUUUAUUCAAAAUGGUCUUUGUCCAUUAACUACAUUAUCUACAGUUGAUUCAGCUUGUUUACCUUUGAAAGGUACGAAGAUUUUAGAUGUUGGUUGUGGUGGAGGUAUUCUAGCGGAAGCACUAUCUAUGUUGGGAGCAGAAGUUUUGGGCAUAGACUUAGUAGAAGAAGGUAUAAAAGUAGCACAAGAACAUGUUGAAGCUACAUCUUAUCGCUGGGUUGAUCAUCCAGAUUUACAUAAACCUACAUAUAAACUUACUAGUGUGCAAUCAAUUAGUCAAGAGUAUCCAUGUCAAUUCGACGCAGUUGUUGCGUCUGAAGUAUUAGAACACGUUACUGAUUGGGAGGAUAUGUUGAACAGUUUAAAACAGUGCUUGAAAUUAGAAGGAAUGUUAUUCGUAACUACAAUAAAUCGUACUACCGCUUCAUUACUACUAGGAAUUGGUGUAGCUGAAUAUGUAGCUCGUAUUGUUCCACGUGGUACUCAUGAUUGGAAUAAAUUCAUUGAACCUAGUCGGUUACAGAUUGCUUGUAUCAAGCGUGGUUUGCAACCGCGUCAACUCAGUGGAAUGUUAUAUAACCCAUUAAGUCGUCGAUGGCGUUGGAGUAGUAAUUUAUCACUAAAUUAUGCAUUCAGUGCUAUGAAAAUCGAUGAAUAAAUAAGAUGAAGAACACCAAUUAUAAAUGCAUUUGUUCUUCGUCAACUGUUUCUUUCUCAAUCUAUUAAUUUAGUAAAAGCAAAGUGUGAUCAAUUAUCACGAAUUUAUUGACACAUUCUUUCCAUUGUUUGCUUUCAAUAACAUUAUAUAAUAAGCUGAUAAUUAUUGUAAAGUCUUGUCAACUCAUUAGAUAAUUAUCAAAAACUUAAGCAUUAAAUUUUUUCAACUAAAUGAUUUACGGUAUAAGCUUUUAUGUAUUAUUUAUUUAUUUAUUUGUCUAUUUUAACACAUAGAUAUUGGUA